AUGACACAAAAACGCGACAGCGUCGAUAUGCCGGUAGAUUCGCCCCCACAUACUGUUGGUCAGAACAGCGUGGAGGACGGUUUCCCGCGCAAGGCAUCCGUGACUUCCAUUACCGUAAAUGCUGGUAGUGAUUCCGAGUUCAGCUGGUUGCUGAGUGGUGAUGUUAAUCCAGGCGGAAAAUCUAUUGCGAUCGGAAAUUUGGCAGGAGAAGUCGACCAGGCACAAAACGGUAUUGUGCUGAACGCUUCGGGAGUGGCACUGAACACUGCGACCAAGGAAAAGCAGAUUGGUGAUGGGACGUGUGUAUCCGACUACGUUCGCUGGUCGGGGACCGAAUGGGUAUCGGGCGGCGACACGGUGGCCAUCGCCUGUGUGGCUGGGGAUACGUCGCAGGGUGCGUUGGCCGUUGCUAUAGGUAAAAGCGCCGGCAACAUUGAUCAGGGCGCCUCUGGUGCGGCGAUUGGUGCAAAUGCAGGCCAGAUGAGUCAGGGUGUCGACGCAGUAUCCAUUGGCCCCAGCGCAGGUACAACAGCCCAGAGUGAGGGUGGUAUAGCCAUUGGUGUGGACUCCGGGAAGUCGGGGCAAAUAGAAAAUUCGAUUGCCAUUGGUAAGUUAGCGGGCGAGACGGACCAACCCAAAAAUAGUAUCAUUCUGAACGCAUCCGAUGUAGCGCUUAAUGCGGCAAAUUCCGGGCUCUUUGUGUCGAAUAUGCGCAAAAUUGACAUGACAACUAAUGCGCUGUACUACGACUCUACAACAAAAGAGAUUGUGUACGGGGCUGUGGUAACGAAAACAAUCAACACUGGAGCAGGGGGAGUGGUGGAUGGAACCGGCAUUGGUGAUUACCCGCGCUGGGACGGGUCUGUGUGGGUUCCGGGUGGCAAAAAGGUAUUAAUUGCGGUUGGAGCGGGGGAAUUUGCACAGGGUGCAAAAGCGGUGGCGAUGGGAUCUAGUGCAGGCAAGACGAACCAGGGUAGUGAUUCGGUGGCCAUCGGUGUACUCGCAGGCGCUACAUCACAGAAAAGCUUCUGUGUAGCGAUUGGUAAGAAUUCGGGCGAAUUGUCCCAGGCAAUAAACGCAGUUGCCGUGGGACGGAGUGCUGGACGAGAACGCCAGUCUUCGGGAUCGGUUGCAAUCGGCUAUACGGCGGGCAGUGUUACGCAAGGGGCGGAUGCCACGGCGAUCGGGUCAGCUGCUGGGGAAAAUGACCAGGCAUACCGCGGCAUCGCCAUUGGUACAUAUUCAGCAGAAUCAGCACAGGGUGAUGAGUGGAUUGCGAUCGGCAACAAUACCGGCAAGACGUCACAGGGCAACUACUCAAUAGCCUUGGGCAAGUACGCCGGCUAUACCACGUAG